AUGCUCCGCAUCCUUUCCAAGCCAGACAAGCGCCUAGGUGGCGUAGCGCGGUUACGCCAAUUCUUCUCCGAUGAUGUCAGCAACGAGGAGAGGGCGGGUCUCCGCGGGCUUUCAUACGAUCUUGUACACAGGAUGACGGGUGGAAGGCCAAACAUUGUCCUCGUACGAGCCCAUGGUAGUAAUACCGCCGAGGGUGGCUUCACAUCAUUUCCGAACAACUGGGCGACCCGGCUGCGGCUACUCUUCGACUGGGACGACAACUUCCUACGGGACACCUGGGAGCAUCGGCCAUGGCGCAGGUGGGUAAGGUACUACUUCGACGCAAUCGAAUCGCUAAGCCAGCAACACCCAGAGAGUGUCUGGCCAGCCGACCUAGGGUUGCAAUUCAAGAAGAAUGUAGGGCGAUAUGCAUCUAACUGGAUCCGAAUCCUUCCAGCCUACGACAAGACCAAGAUCCACCAAGCCGUCCGGCAGAAGAAACGCUCCAGUGACGACACCGGGCCUCCUCAAUACCAGGUCAAAUGGAUCUCCACUUUGCCACUCGAGGCUAGCAUUCACAUCCAGAAUAGUACCGCCCCGAAGCAAUGGUCGCUCAUUACGGACAAGGCGGCAAGGAGCAGGCUCCAGCGCAUGCACGAGUAG